CAGGUUUUAGGGAAGCCUGGAAGAAGCAGCUAUAGCGUCAUAUCAAGGUGGUCAGUUUCGGGAUGAGAAAGGGCGGGUGGACAUCCGGCAUUUGACUGAAACGCUGGUCCCAUAUGGUGUCAAUGCCCUGCCCGAAUCUACGCCUGAAACGACGGUAAAAGUCGAGUCGUCACCUUAACUCCGACACAGCUCCGGAGUGUGUCCUCCAACCCCCCGAUGCUUGCAGAUUCCGCUCGAGGCUUUAAAUCUGCCCCAUGCAGGCGACCCGGUCAAGAUCAGGGGCACAAUUUCCACAAGAACGACAUUCCACAUCACGAUGUCUCAUUAACCCCAGCCGUACGGGCGUCACAUUCAGCGAGCUCUGCGUUGGGGCCAGCCCAGCUUAAGACGCAGGCAUGGAGGCAAGCCCUACCGAUUUACGUUUCGACAACCGCCAGCGUUUAUCCGUCUCGACGACGCCGAACUCAACAACCGAGGGUUUUCUUUUGUCUCCUUUCUACUUCUCUGUCCUAUCAUCUGUGUGACGGUGUGUCCUCCUCUCAGCUCUCCUAUUUUCUUAUAUUGACUGUCACAAUCGGGCUGUGCAUAUUACACCAGAUAACUCAAAAGCGAUCUCUUUUUGACCUAUCUUGGCAUUUUUAUGCUGCUUCUUCCCCAUCCUUCCGGCCCGUGAAGGGUGUGGGUUAGGUAUGGGUUGAGUUGCCGGGCUUAUUCUCGGUGAACGGCGGGAAGGGAUGAAUGAAACCAGGGGAGGGAGGGGGGUUCAUUUCGUUUUCCAUUGGACUGGGCUGGUCACAGAUGGAUGGGCGGGACGUUAGAGGAAAUUGCUGAACCGUGGAUUGGAUGG